UUCAUCUUCAGUUCGUCCACAUCGGUCACCACGAUUGGAAAUUGGAUAACUGAGUUUAUUCCAUUGUAAAAUCUAAAAUACCUAAAUAUUUACUGGCGUUCCUUGUGUCAAAAAAACCGUAAAAAUUCGUUGCAAAAUGGCGCGUGCAGCAUUAUGCAUGGCCGUCGCUUGCAUCUUCUUGGUGCAAUGCGUCUACUCUCAGAAAUACGAUUCUGAGAACCGUCGUCUGAUUCUCGACAUCAACGACCAAAAGACAACGAAUCAGCAAUACUAUUCGUCAAACUUUGACACAAACGCCUAUCGGUAUGGCUACGAUGUCGGCAAGACCGGCAACUUCCAUCACGAGACCCGUGGUCCCGACGGCGUCACCUAUGGCUGCUACGGCCUCAUCGAUCCCUACCACCUGCUCCGGGCAACACACUACGUGGCCGAUGCCCACGGCUACCGCACUGUUGAGCCAGAGAAGCCAGUGGAGACCUUCCCACCGCAUUUGUACAAGGAGACUGAUGGAGGUCCCUCGGAGCCGGGCAUUCUCCUGCAGUGGGACGAACUCUACUUCCCCAUUGGGUGUGGCAAGUUCGCUAAUGGCGCCCAACAUGGAGUUCCCUACUUCAUCGGCGAUUACAAGGCCAAGGAGGGUAGCAACGAUGCGAUACCAUCGUUCUCCGUCAAUAUUCCCGUGCUGAAGGGCUCCGACCAGAAGAGUCUGCCCAUCCACAAGCCCACAGGUCCAAUUGUGCCCCAGGGCACGGGGAUCUUUGGCACAGACAAGGGACACUCCGAUCACAGCCAUCCCGGGGAUCAGGCGCCGUCCUUCCAUUCGGUGAACACCCUGCUACCAGGCAGCAACAAUGAUGGCCAGUACGUGCCGGAUAAUAAUCCCUACCAGCAUGUGGUGGGACCCAAUGGCGGCAACGGAGGCAGCGGCUCAGGCGGCGGCUUCGGUGGAAACGGAGGCGUCGGCGGCUUCGGUCCCAAUGGACCAAAUGGUCCCAAUGGACCGAAUGGACCCAAGGGACCGUUUGGUCCACCGGGACCACCGGGACCGGUCGGCGCGGGAGGAGGAGCCUCAGGAAAACCGGUCUACAGGGACGGCGAUCGUACAGGCACCGGCAGCGGUUCCGGAAUCGGUUCCGGCGAUCGCUACACCACCGGAAAAGGCGGUGCAGCCGGCUCCGGUGAUCGCUAUACCACCGGAAACGGUGGCGGCAUUGGCGGUGGCGAUCGCACGGGAACGGGUAGCGGUUCCGGAAUCGGCGCCGGCGGCCAGUAUCGGCCGGGCAAUGAGGGAACCUACACGAGCACCUACACGCACACAGAGACCGGUUUUCCUGGGGCCAUCGCAUAUCAAGCAGAUAACGGUAAAUAUAAUGGCAAUGGUAACGACGGACGCUAUUAUGGUAUUAACGAUGGCAAAUAUUAUCACGAUGAUUCUGGCAAAUAUGUGCACGUUGAAGGCCCCACUGGUCCACCGGCACCCCCAUAUGUCCACGUUGUUGGACCCGAGGGCGGAUUCGGCGGUAAUGGCGGCAAGGGAGACGGCGGCGGCGUAGGCCCAGGCGGCCCAGGCGGUCCCAAGGGACCUGGCGGCCCCAAGGGACCCAACGGACCCCCAGGACCUCCCGGCCCACCCGGCCCUCCAGGACCUCCCGGACCCAAGGGACCUACUAAGCCCGGACCUAAGGGACCCUUCGGACCUCCCGGCCCACCCGGACCACCUGGACCCACUCGUCCCGGCCCAUACGGACCACCCGGACCUCCCGGCCCAACUCGUCCCGGCCCACCAGGACCUCCCGGACCAACUCGUCCCGGCCCACCAGGACCUCCGGGCCCAACUCGUCCCGGACCUCCGGGCCCAACUCGCCCAGGACCACCGGCACCGCCCAACGAUCCCCGGUACUCGGACAAGGAGACGCCCGGCUAUUUGCCACCAGACCAACCGGGUAAAAUCUCGAAACCACCAGCACCCCCAUCCCACUCACAAGUCAUUGCCAUUGAGCCACCGAGCAAGCCAGUUUUUAAGCCGAAUUACGAACACAACAAUGAUUAUGUGCAUAAGCAGGUGCCCGUAACGACAAAGCCACCACUAACCUAUAUUCCACCUUCUUUCCCUCCCAACACUCCAAAACCCUAUGUUCCCGCUCCCGUUCCCGUUUCCGUUCCGCCAUCCCAAAAAAUAACCACCACCACCACCACGACGAUCGUACAGCCAAAGGUCCCGGCUAUCACUAUUAAGAAGGAUACGCCAGUUAAGAGCGUUACGCCACCGCCAGUGACAACGGGUAAUAUUGAAAACCAUACGUACCUACCACCGCCACCGCCGACGCCCAAAUACGUAAUCAAGACCUCGACCCCGACUCCCAUUUCGAUACCGAUCCAAUACACUCCCUCGACACCGAGACCCUUCGAGAAGGUGAACACCGCACCGCCUCAGAUUCAGUACCAUACGCCACAGGUGCCUCCGGUGCCUGGCUAUACUGUGACCAAGACGCCGACCAGCCCCCCGACAUAUAGACCACAAGCCUACGUCGAACCGAAAGUAACGCCUCGUCCCUCUCCACCAUUGCAUGUGCCGUCGAUCAGCGACCAGUCCUGUGUGUGUAACGCCGAUAAGACGCACUCAUCAAGAAACACCCUUACCUCCACCACCACCACUAGCACCACAACCAACACGAACUCCUAUCCCAAUCCCGCCUCUGUUGACUUUAACAAACAAUUCUCCGGCUUCAACGGACAAGCGAACUUCGGCAGCAUAAUAAACGCCAUGUCACUAACCCAACUGCCGGUGAUACCUCAGGCGCCCGGACAGCCGGCCUUCUAUCCGCCGGACAAGAUCCCCAAGGGCGCCGUCAUUGCUCUGAUGCCCGUGGUGAUCCUGCCGCAGGAGUAUUAUUCUAGCUGCGAGGAAAACUCCGUCUACCAACACUCGAACAUCGAUCCCUUCCCGCUGGGCGUUCAGCCGGCGUCCUUUAGCCUCCACUCCGUGCUAACGGGUUCGGCGCCAAAGGAUCAGUGCAUGUGCCCCUGCUCCUGCACUCAGAAUCUGCCUGGAAGGUUGCACAAGAAGCGCGAGGCCAGCGAUGCUGAGGUACCCGCCGAACCCGAGGCAUCUGAGAAGGUGGAAGUCAAGGUUGAGCCCGUAGCAGCGGCCUCUGAGGAAGUGAAGGUCUCUGUCUCCGAAGAGUCCAAGGUGAAGGUUGAACCUGUGGCUGCAGCCUCCGAGGAGGUUAAGGUACAGGUUGAGCCUAAGCCUGCGGCCUCCGAGGAGGUGAAGGUGCAGGUUGAGCCCAAGCCUGCGGCCUCUGAGGAGGUGAAGGUGCAGGUUGAGUCCAAGCCUGCGGCCUCCGAAGAGGUGAAGUUGCAGGUUGAGCCCGUGGCAGCCCCCUCCGAGGAGGUCAAGGCCAAGGUUGAGCCCGAGGAGAUCAAGAUACUGGCCGACCCCAAGCCAGAAAUCAAGGCGACUAGCGAGACGAACUAAGACAAGGACUACGAAAACCGCAACCAACCAACCUAAACCCUUCCCAGAUCCCGCUUUAUCCAAUCCCAACCUCGAUCCUACCUCCCAAAAAAACAAAACUAAACCUAGUCUAAGUGUUUUUAGUGUCUGCCAGGCAGGGCCAACCAGCAUUUAAGAUGGGCAAAUCGACGGAGAGCCCGGGUUAUGUGUUCGCUUCUUGUGUUAUUUGAAUUUCGACAGCAAUUUUGGUAAAUGCACUCCAGACCGCCUGUCCAAGACGAGAUAUAUCGGCGCUCUCUAUGUAUAAUUCCUCUAAAUUUCUAUUUGUAAAACAAAACGCUUCCCUUGAGAGCACUGAGAAUUGGCAAAAAGAGAAUAUUGUUUGUGACAUGUUGUUUAUUAUGCAUUUGUGUAUGCUUUUUAUUUUUUAUGAUUUCGUUCGGUUUUAUUUCUUUAUGAUUUUUUUAUCGACUUUAGUUCUUAGUUUAUUUAAUGUCUACUCUAAUAAUGAUUGAGACGGAAUAUUGAAUUGU